ACCAUGGAGGACUCUUUCGACAAGGACGUGAAACUGCCACAAAAGCGCUUCUAUCGGCAACGGGCCCACUCAAACCCAAUUGCCGAUCAUAGCUUCGAGUACCCACCCCGGCCAGAACUGAGCAAUUGGGGUGAGCUGUAUCCCAAUAUCAACGAACGGUGUGUUGAAUUUGCAGACAUUGGGUGCGGAUAUGGCGGAUUUCUGGUUACGCUGGGGGAAACGUAUCCAGACAAGUUGGCACUCGGUAUGGAGAUUCGAGUGAAGGUGUCCGAUUACGUAAUGGAUCGCAUCAAAGCCCUUCGACAGCGGCACAAGGGAAAGUACGAGAAUAUCGCUUGUAUACGGACCAACGCUAUGAAGUAUUUGCCGAACUAUUUCCGCAAAUAUCAGCUAGAGAAGCUGUUCUUCCUUUACCCGGAUCCACACUUUAAAAAAGCGAAGCACAAAUGGCGUAUCAUCAAUUCGACGUUGCUGAGCGAGUACGCGUACGUGUUGCGGCCCGGUGGCAAGAUAUACACCGUAACCGAUGUACGCGAGCUGCACGAAUGGAUGUGCAAGCACAUCGAGGAGCAUCCGUGCUUCCAGCGUUUGCCAGAUGCUGAGGCUCAGCAAGACAUACUAGCACCUAAGCUUUUGGACAGCAGUGAAGAGGGCCAAAAAGUAACCCGUAUGAGUGGGGACAAGUUUAUGGCAAUAUUUUCUAGGGUAUGAUUAAUCGUUAUCC